AUGACCAUCUCCUCGCACUCAGACGUCGUACUUAUCACAGGCGCAAACCAAGGCCUGGGUUUCGAGCUCUCUCGGCGCUUAGCCUCUGAUUACCCCGGUUACCACAUUUUGAUGGGCUCUCGCGAUACCGGCAAAGGGGAUGCGGCUGUCGAUAUAUUGAAACCCGAAGGGCUUUCGGUUGAAGCAAUCAACAUUGAUGUCACGGACGAAGAAUCUAUCAAAGCAGCUGCGGCAGAAGUCGAAUCAAAGUUUGGGAGAUUAGACGUCCUCGUGAAUAAUGCGGGAAUCGUCGCCGAGGGCAAGAUGCCUACUGGAACCAGCUUACAGGAGACCUUCCGCGCCUGCUUUGACGUAAACGCUUUUGGGCCAUUCCUGGUGACGGAAGCCUUCACUCCUCUUCUGAAGAAAUCGCACAAUCCGCGAGUGGUCUUCAUGUCUACCGGUUUAGGUUCUAUUACCGACCGUCUGAACCCAGAUGACCAAUGUGCGGCUUUCCAAUUUCCCGUUUAUCGCAGCAGUAAGGCUGCGCUUAACAUGAUUAUGGCCCAUUAUGCUGCACUUUACGCCAAGGAUGGGUGGAAAGUGAAUGCAAAUGAUCCAGGAUUCUGCGCGACAAACUUGAACAGCUAUCGUGGAUGGAAUACGCCGGAGAGUGGAGUUGUUAACGCGGUGCGACUGGUGACCCUGGGGACAGACGGACCAACGGGCACUUUCAGUUGCACCGAGGGGCCAGUGAAUUGGUAA